CAAAGUUUGUGUCCCUUACUAUUCGUCAAACGACUUAUAAAACUAUAUCUUACGUCAAUUGUAAUUCAUGACAUGUCACGAAUUACGCGGCGCGCUCGCGUAUAAAAUGGAUGCGUUUACGCUUGUGGCGGCGAAUGGCAACAACCCUGCCCAAGGUAUGCGUCCUUUGCACGGCCGCCUCCUCCUCCGACGGUAGUAAUUGCCGUACCGUAGGUGCGUAACGUUGUUAACGCAAUCUCUUACGUCCGUCGUCUAUACGUGCGUAUACGCGCGCUCCUGCGUAUUUAUAAUACGCACUUCGUCGUCUUUGUACGCUUAAUGGAGACUAUUUACUUGUGUCGUUUCAAAGUGAAUUAUUAUGAAUGUUGUUUUUUUCUAAAAUGAUUUUAUUAUAAAUUUUGGGGGGUUAAAUUUGUCAGUGUUGUUACAACUCAUUUUUGUGGGUUGUUGAAUCCAGAUAUGAUCAUUAAUGUCGGCAGAUAUGCCACCCGAAGAUGAGGUAGGGUCAUGAAUCGAGCAGCGGCAUCACCUCCCACCCCCGACGGCCUCCUCCUCCUCCCCUCCUCAGUGCCGCUGCUGCCGCCAAGGACUCACCUCAUCAUUCUACUGCUGAUCCUGUUCUUGUCCUAUAGGACUCAAGGUGUCGAGAGCUACAGGGUUGUGGCACCAGCACGUUACAUAGCUCUCCAGGGCCACCUGAAUGCCACUGUCUACCUCACUCCUACAACUCCUGCCAAAGACACCUCAGUGUACACAUGGGACACAGAAAACCAGACGUUCAUCCCCAAGUCUCCGUCGUCGUCUGUCCCGGACUCGGACUCCAGAAACAGUCUGCUCCCCAAUGGAUACGAAGGGAACGACAGCAACGAAAUACCUCCGGAUCCCCUGACAGAGUUCACAGAGCCUAUGCAGCCUCUCCCAGUCGUCGCGAUUGGAAGAGAUGACUACGUCCAGGAGCUGCCCGACGUCCCGCCACUGCCGCCAAAGCUGAGGGACCUGGAAACCUCCCUGUCCUUGUCGCUCUAUGCCAACGGGAGCCUGGCUCCCAUCCACACCCUUCCUGUGGUCGAGGGAGCUUCAGAAGGGACCUAUCAGUUCAUGUGUGGUUUGGUUGUUCAAGGUGGAACUUACUUUUUCAGAUUACAGCGUGGAGAAGAGGUCCUAGCCUCCAGUGGUAACGUGGAAGUUGCCUGGCCUGACAUCAGUCUUGAAGUCCCAAAGGAAGUCGAGACUUACCACUCUGAUGUCCAAGUCAUCUUAAGAUUCAAUGUGGAAUUGUGCAAGCCUCUGAAGCCAGUGGCUUUCCACGCCUGGAUCGAGCUGCUGUACCAUGGGGUCCGUGUCGGAAAGGAGGGUUCCCCAGGUUCCAAGCGCUGUGGCAUUCCGGACCCCAAACGCAACUGGAACAGAACCCUGUGGGACUCCAUCCAGGACGACCUACGCAACCGCAGGGCACUGAGGAAGUCGCGCAAAAAGGUUUCUGGGAGAGGGAAGAAGGGUAAAAAUGGUAGGAAAAAUGGGAAGAGAAGAAACCCGACAAAAGGAGGGAGGCGGAGGAAGAACAAGAACGGCAGGCGGAGAGGACUGCGCAAAUAUGGUGGUGUUAGGGGAGGUCGUCAGGAUCUAGUGGGCGGAAGAGGUGAACUGAGUGAGGACACUCAAGUGGUUGAGGAAAGUGUUGUAGAGAGUGAUAGUGUAAAUAGUUUUGUUGUGGACGCCAGUACAAACUCUAUAAUAUCAAACGGUAGUACAAAUAAGACUGACGUAGCGUGGACUCCUAGCCCGUCGUCUUCGAACGUAGCAAGGACUCCUGGUCCGUAUGAAAGUAAGACGACAGUUGGUGGCGUCAGUAUCAUAGUGAGAGGGAGGAAGAAAGGCAGAAGAAGAAGAAAGGGGAGAAGAAAAACUAAAGAGGAAGUUGAUGUCGAUGCGAGAGUGACCAAGAAAAGGCAGAUGCACGAGGGGGACUCUAGUGGUGGUGAAGUUCCUGUUACUACAAAGUUGAAGAACAAAGAGAACAACAGACUGAGAAGAAAACAUCAGGAGAACAGAAGAAAGAAAAGAAAAAGAAUUAAGAACAGAGUGUCCAGUGAGGGAAAUGAUACCGACCGCCCCUCGGCCAAGAAAAAGGCUGCGAGGAAACAAGACGAAAAUAGCGGGCUGGGAAUUUCAGAGAACAUAUCAGAAGACAUCACAGCAUUCCCUGAUACGACAGAUUAUGAGAGUCCUGUCCCAGGAACUCAAACUUUUAUUCCCACUGAAGAUGUGACCGACUUAGUAGAUUACAUUUACAGUGACGAAGAUAGCAUUCCUAUCAAUCAACAAGGGACUGACUCUGGCUUCUCACCAGAAGAGAGUACUUUAGGUUUUCAAGAAAAUUUGCUGUUUUCCUCCACUCAGAUUCCCCCUCUAGUCAUGCCAUUAUCAGAGACAGAAGACAGUUUCCCACCCUUCGAAGGAGACACUGUACCUUUUCAGGGUGAUUUAAAUCCAAAUAGUUCAGGAAGUGGUAGUAAAAGUGAAUUGUUCCAAAAUGAGCAGGUGAAUAGAAUUGCUCCUAUCUCAACCAACGAAGCAACAUCACCAAGUGCCCUUGAAAGCACUCCGGUCUCUCCCGAACGCAAUCUAGUCACGGCUCAGGGGAGUCUACCUUUUCGAGAAGAGGAUUCUGGAUCAGACAAGCAACCCGUCCCAAAAACCAAACGCAACAUCGCCGCAGAAGAAAACAGACAACAUUCCACCUAUCUGAAGCGACCGCAGGCAGCCAUGGUGUCCUCAGGAUUCCGUGGCAAAGGUUGGGCAUGGGGGGGCAACGCAGUGGUCCUGGGCAGGGUGCCUCUUCAGGAUAACCUCUACUCCUUCCAGAGUAGGGACGUGAAGUUUCCCUGCAGCGAUAUUGGCCCUGCAGGCAUCUACAGCGUGAGACUCGUCACCGAUAUCUACACCAACUCGGUCAUCACCAACUCAGAGUGGUUCAUGGUCGACUGGAGUGACUCAUUCAGCAUCUACGUGCACGCCGCGAGCAUCGUGCCGUGCUCGGGGGCCGUGGGCGUGCAGGUGACGUACCCGGCGUGCAUCGGAGGAAGCGAUAAGGUGCGCGUGUACGCGCGCAUACGCGCCAACGUCACGUCCAUCAACCCGCCGAUCGAUAAUAAAUACGUCGCCGAGAGACGCAUCAUCAAGGGUCGUACUUCCGUCCAGUUUCCUUGCGAUACCUUCAACGACUACGCCACGGAAUUCUGCUUCUUCUACGUCAACACGGCCAAGACUGGAGCCGUCUCCGACAUCGACAAGUGCUGCGUGCCCACCUACAAGCAGCACGUGAUUCGAGAGAACGGACAGUGGGGCGCCUGGAACUCCUGGUCUGACUGCACUGCAAAGUGUGGCACAGGAGAGAGACUGCGCCACAGGUUCUGCGAUUCCCCACGUCCCAGGAGCGGCGGGGAGUACUGCGUGGGAGACUCAGUUGAUUCCCUGCCCUGCGAAAGCAUGGACUGCGUGGAACCGAGCCUGUAUUCACCCCCCGCAUCCACCCCCGGAGGGGAGAGAUGCGGAUGUGGAUGCACUCUGGAGCUAACUCUGGGAGUCCCCCUCAACAUCACUGCCUCUGCAGCGGAUUGCACGGGCACUGCUGUGUGGCUGUUUCAGGCCUCCGAAGGAGAGCGCGUCACUGCCGAAGUAGUGUGGGCCGUCCUGCGACCUGGCACCCAGUGGCUCAAGCUCAGGGACGGGGACUCAUUGUCCUCUCCUCUCCUGGUGCGUCUGCCGGGUCCCAAAGCACUGAAUUCCUCCCCUUCCCCCCGCCAGCUGUCCCAAGCCCCUCCCCAAACAUCCUUAGGCAACAACCUCGUCCUCGAAUUCCGAUCCGAUAUCAACGUCACCGCGGCCACCAUCAACCCAGCGUCCUGGGGGUUCCUUGUUCGUGUUUCCUCGACAAGUAGCUUCUCUGCAACUGCAGCCGGCACUCUGGACGAAGCAGCUCACAGUGGAAUGUACUGGAAACUAUUAGCCGGAAUGCACAUAGCAGCAGUGGUUUUCAUAUCCGCCUUGGUCGCCGCUGUAAUAGUCUUGGCCGUCUACAACUGGAGGCGCUACCGCCUCUACAGACGCGCCAAGCUCAUCCCUGAAUCGCCGUACAUAACACCGCCCAGCACCCCUUCGAGGGAGGUGGCCACAGGAUCGUCAACACUUACCCUAACCGAAGUUAUAUCUCUCAAGUCUAUGGUGUUCAGACCAAAGAUUCCUGUGUCCUUACCCCUGAGACGGAAAGGAAGCACAUCGUCCUACUCUGCUCUAGAUGAGCGACCACCCGAGGAACCACGUCACUCACUCCCCAAUUCUCCCUUCCUCACCAGACGAGCCGUGACGCCAUCCACCAUCAGAAGGUCGUCUUCACAGCUCGGGCGUUUCCUGAGGAAAGGCAACGGCAACUUCAAGAAGAAGAAGAGAAGGUUCGGUUCCGUCGACGAGUUAGAAAUAAGAUGCAUCUCUCCCAUUCAUGAAACUCACAAAGAAGAAGAAGGAGGUGGUGCAGACAAAGACGAGACGACCGACAACAAAAACAAGAACGGGGAAGACGACUCGGCAAAAUACAAAGAGUAUCGCAAGUCCCUCAUAGGAAGCGACGCGAAAGACAUCCGCCUGCCGCAUAAGCUGGUGAAAGACAAGAUGAACCUGGAGCGUGUUCGGAGGAGCGCCAUAUCAAGAUCCAACUCAAACGCCACUAUGAGAGGGUCGUCUUCCGUCUCGGAUAUAUCGGUCAACGGGACCGACACUGAGAUGGAGUAUGAUUAUUAUGACUACGACAUGGACAAUGCAUCAGCCGUUCCAGGGUCACUUUUUGGACUCGACCCACUGCUGUUGGCGUGGGUACCCCCGUUCAUUCCGAUGGGUGAGUGUACACCACCGAACGAGGGCAUACCACUCGACGUUAUAGUGAGCGCGUCAGUCCACGAGGUGGAAGGGGAAAGUGUGACGCCAACGGCCGAGCAGCCAAUUCGCCCUAAAGUGCUCCCUCUGGAGCACCUCAACAUCCUUCCAACAGAGCCACCACCUCCGAACCCCAUGCAGACGAGCAUUCGCUCAGAGGAGGCGAACGACCGAAUAGAACUGCAGGUGAAGGCUCCGGAAGAAACGCCAAGCCAGGCGUGUGACGAUGAUCCCACGCCCACCACAGAAGUCUGCUCGAAAAUUCUCAACCUGGACGAAUUCCAGUUUGCAGACGACACUGAUGAAGAUGAAGAAUUGAGCGAUUUAUAGCGGUUUGAGGACACGCUCCUCGUUGUUCUAUAUUUCCACCUCACGAAAAGAAAGCACAUUACUGUGAACUUUCAUCAAGAUAUAUUUCACUGGAGUAAUGAAAGCAAGCUUGGAUAAUAUUGUAAAUAGGACAAGAAAAGCAUAAUUCUCUUUGCAUUCCACAAAUAUUUUCUAACAUUCAAUACACAAGAUAUUUUGCAACGCUAUUGCAUCGUGGUUUUCAGAGCCAUUAAUUUAUGAAUGUACUUUUUUAUCAAUGUAUUUCACUGUACAGUUCAUCUAAAGAUUUAAUUCACUGGAUUUCCACUAUUCACUCAUAUUUCAAAACCAAUGUAUGAACUGAAUUGACUCAAUGUUUUGGUGAAUCAAUACUGCAGUACAGUUAUGUUGCUGAUCAUGAAUAGGACACUUGCUCUGAAAAUUUAUUAAUGGGAGAAGUACUCAUUCUAGUACCACAGCUGAUUGCAAGUAGAAGCAAUGGAAUAAUGUUGGACUACUAUGUUUGGAGGUGAAGUCAUUUCAUAUAUGGAAAAUGAAAACAGCUAUUGAGUUUUAGAGAGAGGAAUUUCUACUCAUACCAACGAUUUGGAUGCUUCAUGUACUAGCUGUCUAUAGCCAACUUCAUUUGUGGCAUUCUCAGAGGUCAUGGCGAUACGAGACUCUUUAUGCAGUGUCCCUGUGGUCACAGAUGUAUUACUUUCCAUUUUUACCCUUCACUAGUUCCUUCUGGACUAUUCCCAACUCUAAGCUGUCCAACUUAUAUGACUU